AUGUCGUCUCGCAGUCUAUCUACAACGAGUUCUGCUGCGUCCACUGUAUCCUCGACACGUUCGCAUUACCUCCAUCCAUCCGCAUGCAACACCCUCCGCUGUCCGGGUAAAUGCAAACGCUCUCUCGCCAAAGACACAUUCACCAGUCCCAGUCUCAGAUCUCAACCGACCCUAGAGGCUCUGCGCUACAUGGACUACACUUACGAGUCCGAAGUGGACGACGAGGAGGACGAACUCUCACGCUACAACACCCAACACUCCUUUGGCUCUGUCAUCGUCGACCACGACAAACUCACCGCUCGCAGCCGCAAGAAGGGCGACAAUUGUAAGCUCGUCAAGCUCACAGGCUGGUUCUAUCGCGCCACCGGUAAAGUCGCCCGAUGA